AUGCAUUUGGGACAACACCGAUUAUUUCGCUCUACAGCAGAACCAGGUACCCUGUUUUACCGUGUACUAUCUGUGUAUAGCGUACGUAUUCUUUCGUUUUUAUGUUUCUGAUCAUUUAAUAUAAAUUGCUACUAUUUUGUGCGCAUCAUUGGACAAUUCCGUUAAGCCUAUAAAGUUAUUGCGAAAAUUAUGGCACCGUUAAAUUCUUAUUACGAACAGAAGGCUAGAAGGUGGUUGAUUUCUAAUUUCGAGAGAAGCAUCACAAUUUAUGAGAUAGCCAUGUUACAAAUCUGUGUUUUUUAGAGCAGCAACAAUAGAAACUGUUGUUGGAACUGGAAUAUUUCCUUUUAAUCCUAAUCAUCUAUAUACCCCCAUCGGAAACAACAAAUAGAAACUAUCACGACACAGCAACAAGUGAAGAUACCAGAAGAGCAGCAUUCGCGGAAGUUUUACCGUCAACAUCAACAGAAAUGGAGAGUUUCCUAUCGACAUCAAAAGAUGCAGAAGCUAUGGUGUUCACAUCGAUAGAUGUAGAACCAAUACCAUCAUAA